UCAACUCCAUGUAGCCUAGAGAACAUUUUACUGUUCGGAUUCGUCUUUUAUUCGGAACCAUGCUUAAAGUGGUGGUCGAGUCCGCUAAAGGAAUUCCUAAAAAGACCCUCGGUAUCCCGGACCCCAUCGCAACGGUCAUUUUUAAAGGUGAAAAGAAGAAAACCAAAGCCAUUACCAGUGAGUUAAAUCCUGUCUGGAAUGAAGUUCUCGAGUUUGAUUUAAAAGGUUCAACUUUGGAUGCAUCCUCCUUCAUUGAUGUGGUCGUCAAAGACUAUGAGACCAUCGGCAAGGACAAAUUGAUUGGCUCUGCGAAAAUCUCUUUGCGUGACUUGGCCGGUGGUCAGUCCAGGUCUCUUCCUUCAAGAAACACCCCUCUUUUUAAUGAAAAGAAGCAAGAUACAGGGGCAACAGUCAGUGUAGUCAUUGGAUAUGAGCCUCCUGCUAGUUCUAUUCCUAAUCCAAAUGCACAAGUGGAUGGAGAUGUCAGUGCUGGGGAUACAGCCGUUGCUCCUGCUGGAACAGAGGGUACUGAUGGGGAAGAAGAAACUACUGAUUGGGGCAGUCCCAGAGCUCCUGGGGAGGCACCCACAAACCAGUCAGGAAAAACUCCCCAAAAGAUAAAUCGCAUGGGACGAAAGAGACACAAACCUCUGGCUAAUAAACCCCAGGAUUUUCAGAUUCGCGUCCGAGUCAUCGAGGGUCGGCAGUUGCCUGGCAAUAACAUCAAACCAGUAGUCAAAGUAAGUGUUUGUGGACAGACACACAGGACAAGAAUCAGGAGAGGAAACAAUCCAUUCUUUGAUGAGAUUUUCUUCUACAACAUGAACAUGCUGCCUUCUGAGCUUUUUGAUGAGAACAUCUAUAUCCGGGUUUAUAACUCAUCGUCUUUGAGAUCUGACUGCCUUUUGGGGGAGUUUAAGCUGGAUGUGUGCUAUAUCUAUGAUGAACCUGCUCAUGCCAUCAUGAAGAAGUGGCUCCUCCUGAGUGACCCAGACGACUCCAGUUCUGGAGCGCGAGGGUACUUAAAAGUCAACAUGAUCAUCGUGGGAACUGGAGAUGAACCUCCGGUGGAAAACAAAGAGCAGAACGAGGAGCAGGACGAUAUUGAGAGUAAUUUGUUGCUACCUGCUGGGGUCACGUUGCGCUCAGCCACUCUUGCACUGAAAGUGUACCGUGCAGAGGACAUGCCACAGAUGGAUGAUGCUUUUGCCAUGACAGUCAAGAACAUGUUUGGAGGAGAGGGGGACAAGAAGAACCUGGUGGAUCCAUUUUUGGAAGUUAGUUUUGCAGGCAAAAAGCUGUGUACAAGAAUCAUUGAAAAAAAUGCAAACCCUGAGUGGAACCAGCUGGUAAACCUGCAGGUUAAAUUUCCAUCGAUGUGUGAACGCGUCAAGCUUACUGUGUUUGACUGGGAUCGCUUCACAAGCAAUGAUGCUGUAGGAACCACCUUUCUAAACCUGUCCAGAAUAGCAUCAUCAGGUGGUGAUGCAGAAGCUGGAGCAAUUACUGAAAAUGAAGGGCAAGGAUCUGAGGUAGAAAGAGUAGGGACUGACGUCGGCUUUCUUCCAGCUUUUGGCCCUUGUUACCUAAACCUUUACGGGAGUCCAAGGGAAUUCUCUGAUCUUCCUGACCCAUAUGUAGAGCUGAAUUUAGGCCAGGGCGAGGGGGUGGCCUACAGAGGAAGAGUCCUUAUUGAGCUUAUGACUCGGCUGGAUAACAAGAUUGACAAGAAGGUGGAUGAAAUUCCCAGUGAUGACAUCCUUGUGGCACAGAAAUACCAAAGAAAAAGAAAGUACUCGCUGUGUGCAGUGUUCCACAGCGCAUGCAUGCUCCAGGAACCUGGAGAACCCAUUCAGUUUGAGGUCAGCAUCGGCAACUAUGGCAACAAGUUGGACUCAACAUGCAAACCUCUGGCCUCCACCACCCAGUACAGCUGUGCUGUUUUUGAUGGAAAUCGCUACUACUACUUACCCUGGUCUGACACAAAGCCAGUUGUUAUCCUUACAUCGUUCUGGGAGGACAUUAGUCAUCGUUUGGAUUCAGUGAAUAUUGUUGUCUUCAUUGCUGAUAAGCUGCAAAGCAACAUCACCUCACUUAAGACAGCUAUGUUGGCAAAAGUUCCUGAAACAAGGCUAGCUGAGAUCUGGCUAAAACUUAUCAAUCAGCUCAUCGAAGACCUCGCCAGAUAUCCAUUGCCAGACUUGGAGGGCAAGUCUAACCUGACAGCACUUGAUUUUCAAAUAAACAAGCUACGAGAAAGAACCAUCAUAAACAUCAGAGAUGCAGCUCAACGCAUGAGGGAGGAGGCUACAGAUGUUAAAGCCACAAUCACUGACAUCGAGGAGUGGCUGGAACGGCUACAGCAGAUUGCAGAAGAGCCUCAGAACAGCUUGCCUGACAUCAUUAUUUGGAUGCUGAGAGGAGAGAAACGAAUGGCGUAUGCACGCAUCCCAGCCAAUCAGGUUCUCUUUUCUACCCAUAGUGAACAGGCUACUGGAAAGUAUUGUGGCAAGACACAGACCAUCUUUAUGCAGUACCCAAUGGACAAAAACAAAGGGGUGAAGAUUCCUGUGCAACUGCGUUUGAACAUGUGGCUGGGCCUGUCAGCUCAUGAAAAAAAGUUUAACAGCUUUGCAGAGGGAACAUUUAGUGUCUAUGCUGAAAUGUAUGAAAACCAGGCUCAGGUUUUUACCAAAUGGGGCACCACAGGUCUGGUGGGCCGCCACAAGUUCUCAGAUGUGACUGGUAAGAUUAAGCUAAAGCAGGAGUGCUUUUUGCCCCCACGAGGCUGGGAGUGGGAGGGUGACUGGUACGUCGACCCCGAGCGCUGUUUGCUGACAGAAGCUGAUGCAGGGCACACAGAGUUCACGGAUGAAGUAUAUGAAAAUCAAAGUAGAUUUCCUGGUGGGGAGUGGAAGCCAGCGGCUGAGCCCUGCACUGACGUGAAUGGAGAGAAAGCACAGAGGCCCGAUGAGAUUGAAUGUCCUCCAGGCUGGAAGUGGGUCCAGGAAUGGAGCUUCGAUAGCAACAGGGCUGUGGAUGAAAAAGGUUGGGAGUAUGGCAUCACCAUUCCUCCUGAUGAUAAGCCCAGCUCGUGGGUAGCAGCAGAAAAGAUGUAUCAUGUGCAUCGCAGGAAAAGAAUGGUCCGACCACGCAAAAAGACAGCGAAUGCCCCCACCAUAGAGAAGAAAGAUGUAGGUGACGGAUGGGAAUACUCCUCUUUGAUUGGCUGGAAAUUUCAUAGGAAAGAGCGCUCAUCAGAUACGUUCAGGCGAAGGCGCUGGAGGAGGAAGAUGGCUCCGUCUGAUCGUGUUGGGGCAUCUGCCAUAUUUCAGCUGGAGGGGGCUUUGGGGGUAGAUGUGGAUGAAAAGACCAGCAAAAAUGAUGCAGCCAAGCUUUUUGGUGCCAACACACCCACAGUUUCCUGCAACUUUAGCAAGUCUUACAUGUACCAUCUCAGAGUGUAUGUCUAUCAGGCCCGGAGCCUUCUUCCCAUGGAUAAAGACAGUUUUUCAGAUCCCUACUGCCACAUAUCCUUCCUUCAUGUAAGCAAGACCACAGAGAUUAUUAAGGCCAACCUCAACCCCACAUGGGACCAGACCCUUAUCUUUAAUGAUAUUGAAAUCUAUGGAGACCCACAGACUGUUGCUGAAAAUCCACCCAGCGUAGCCUUGGAGCUUUUCGACAGUGACCAAGUGGGGAAGGAUGAACCCAUGGGUAGGUGCAUAUGCCCCCCAGUAGUGAAGCUAAACCCCAGCACACCAGUGAACACCAAACUGCUUUGGUUCCCCAUCACCAUGAAGGGCCGAAAUGCCGGACAGAUGCUGGUGGCUGCCGAGCUCUUGCUGAAAGAUAAAGGAAAUGAAACUGAACUGCCACUGGUUCCACCCAGAAGAGGUGAGCAACUCUACAUGGUGCCUCAAGGGAUCAGGCCUGUGGUGCAGCUCACUGCUAUUGAGAUCUUGGCUUGGGGUUUGCGUAACAUGAAAGCAUAUCAGCUGGCUGCUGUAUCCUCCCCCUGUCUUAUCGUAGAAUGUGGAGGGCAAACGGUUCAAACUGCUGUCAUUAAAAACGUCAAGAAAAACCCAAACUUUCCUGGAUCGGUUCUCUUCCUCAAAGUGCUUCUUCCCAAAGAGGAGAUGUACACUCCACCCAUAGUGCUGAAAGUGAUAGACCACAGGCCCUUCGGGAGAAAACCCAUAGUUGGCCAGUGCACUAUCGACUCUCUGGAAGAUUUCAGAUGUGAUCCCUUUGUAAGCACCACUGAGGUGGCAAGGAAUGCCAGAGUGGCCAUGAUGGCCGCAGGCCCUAGGGAUGUGAUAGUUGAUAUAGAAGGCAGAGGACCAGUUCUAGAGAAUCAGCCUGCUGAAAAGGUGGACGAAGCUGUCGACUGGUGGAGUAAAUUCUAUGCAUCUAUUGGAGUACAUGAGAAAUGUGGCCCCUAUCUCCAAAAGGGUUAUUCCACCCUAACAGUCUAUGAAAAUGCACUUGAGGAUGUACCAGAUUUCCACAGGCUGACAGACUUCUGUAACACAUUUAAACUGUUCAGAGGGAAGAGUGAUGAUGGGGAGGAGGAUCCCACUGUAGUGGGCGAGUUUAAGGGUUCAUUUCGAGUGUACCCCUUAUCAGAUGACCCAGAUGUCCCAACACCUCCUCGGCAGUUUCGAGAGUUACCCGAGAGUGGGCCUCAGGAAUGUGUGGUUAGGAUUUACGUGUUGCGCUGUAUUGACCUGCAGCCCAAAGACAACAAUGGUCUGUGUGAUCCCUACAUAAAGAUUACUCUCGGAAAGAAAACCAUUGACGACAGAGAUUACUAUAAACCAAACACACUAAACCCUGAGUUUGGAAGAAUGUUUGAAAUGAGCUGCUUUCUGCCACAAGAAAAGGACCUGAAAAUCAGCAUUUACGACUUUGAUUUAUUGAGCCGGGACGAGAAGGUCGGGGAUACAAUAAUUGACCUUGAAAAUCGGCUCCUGUCUCGAUUUGGUGCACAUUGUGGCCUCUUCCAGUCAUACUGUAUUUCAGGAGUGAACCAGUGGAGGGACCAACUCAAGCCAUCUCAGAUCCUGCAAAACCUGGCCAGACUGAGAGGACUCCCUCAAGCAGAGAUUGCAGAAGAUGGCAGUACACUACGCUUUGGAGGACGGGAAUACAACCUGAAUGACUUAGAGGCCAGUAAAGUGUUGCACCAGCACCUGGGUCCAGCAAAAGAGAGAAUCUGCCUGCAUGUCCUGCGCAGACAGGGCCUGGUGCCCGAGCAUGUAGAAACCAGGACACUGUACAGCUCCUUCCAACCCACUCUUUCUCAGGGGAAAAUUCAGAUGUGGGUGGACGUAUUCCCUAAAAGCCUUGGUAAUCCUGGACCUCCGGUUGACAUCACUCCACGCAAAGCCAAAAAGUAUUACCUACGAGCUGUCAUUUGGAAUACCACUGAUGUUAUCCUGGAUGAAACUAGCAUUACUGGAGAGAGGAUGAGCGAUAUCUAUGUAAAAGGGUGGAUGCCCGGUAUGGAGGAGGACAAACAGAAGACUGACGUACACUACAGGUCUCUGGAUGGAGAUGGAAAUUUCAACUGGAGAUUUGUCUUUGGUUUCAACUACCUGCCUGCAGAGCAGUUGUGCCUUGUGACAAGAAAAGAGCACUUCUGGAGUCUUGACAAAACUGAGUUUAGGAUUCCUCCCAAACUGACCAUCCAGAUAUGGGACAACGACAAAUUCUCUUUGGAUGACUACCUAGGCACAGUAGAGCUGGAUUUGAUUCACCUUAUCCCUCCAUGUAAGACACCUGAGAAGUGCAGUCUUGCCAUGCUAAAUCAAGAAAUAGACAGGAACCAACCUGCCAAAUCCCUCUUCGCCCAGAAGUCUGUCAGAGGCUGGUGGCCCUGUGCCAUGGAAGAGGAUGGCAAGAAAGUUUUGACUGGUAAAGUGGAAAUUACUUUGGAGAUUGUGGAUGAGAAAGAAGUGGAGGAGAGGCCUGCUGGAAAAGGAAGAGAUGAACCCAACAUGAACCCCAGACUGGAGCCUCCAAACCGCCCAGACACAUCAUUCUUGUGGUUCACAAAUCCAUGCAAAACUAUGAAAUUCAUUGUGUGGCGACGCUUUAAAUGGGUCUUUAUUGGAGUCCUUAUUCUCAUCUUAGUGCUCCUGUUUGUUGGAAUCCUGCUCUACUCCUUACCAAACUACAUCUCAAUGAAAAUUGUGAAGCCUUUCUAAAGGGUAACUAAAUGAACACGUGUCAGGCUUAUAUGGCCACAACACAUUAACUAGG